UUGUUCUCUGAGUGCUUCCCUCCACUGCUGAUUAACACUCACUCUCUGUCUUCCCUCCAGGUUCUUGUCCCAGAGGAUUGACUUCUACACCAACAUGGUCCUCUUGUGGUUCUCCAGACUCGUCCUAAUCAUCCUGGCCUGCGCCCCCGGCCUGUCUCUGGGAUGCCCCUCCGGCUGCCGCUGCUACAGCCUCACAGUGGAGUGUGGAUCUCUUGGGAUCAAAGAAAUCCCACAGGGCGUCCCAUCAGCCACAGAGACCAUCUUCCUUCAAGACAAUGCUAUAGUGCAGAUCCGUCUUCUGGACCUGACCCAUCUGGGAAGCCUCCAUUACCUCUACCUCCAGAAUAACAGCAUCUCAGCUCUGGAGCCUGGCGCCUUUCUCAGCCAGGGACAGCUGCUGGAGCUCGCCUUAAACGGCAAUCUCAUCCACCUGGUGACCGCAGAUAUGUUUCGAGGUCUGGAGCACCUCCGAAUCCUGUACCUUGCAGGGAACCAGAUCACCAGAGUGCAGGACUUCACCUUUAGAGGACUGCAGCGUCUGCAGGAACUCCACCUGCAGGAAAACAGCAUAGAGCUGCUGGCAGAGAAAGCUCUGUCAGGUUUAUCAUCCUUGGCCCUGUUGGAUCUGAGCAGAAAUCACCUCCGCACCCUUGGAGCCUCAUCCCUCAAACCGCUCGUCAGUCUGCAGGUGCUACGUGUCACAGAAAACCCGUGGCGUUGUGACUGUGCUCUCGGCUGGCUGAGAACUUGGAUCAGAGAAGACGGUCAACGUCUUUUGAGCUCUGCUGAACAGCGUCGGCUGAUGUGCUCUGAACCACCUCGUUUGUCCCAUCUCAGUUUGGUGGAGGUUGCUCCCAACAGCCUGGUUUGCAUCCCUCCUGUGGUGCAGCUGGAGCCGAGUCACCUGACUGUGCGACUUGGGGAAAGCCUCCGAGUCUCCUGCCAGGCCUCGGGGUACCCUCAGCCCCAGGUGACCUGGAAGAAAGCCUCCCAUGGUAAACCCCAGCUGUCUCCUCGUGGUCUGGUUCAAGAGUUGGGACCCAACGGUGAGCUCUUCAGGCCUGGGACUGCUGGAGGAGUGGUGACCGCUCUGCCCAGCAGUGGAGGGAUGAAGGUCAGAGGUGUGGGAGGGAUCCAGGGUCCUGUGAGGGGGACUGAGGAGGGCGGUGAGAGGGACAGCUUUGAUCCAGACAUGGGGAGUGGUAUGCUCUUCCUCAGCAAUGUCACUGUAGCUCAUGCUGGGCGCUAUGAGUGUGAAGCAUGGAAUCCUGGAGGUGUCGCUAAAGUCACCUUUCACCUGGCUGUCAACAUGUCAUCUUCUUCAUAUUCAUCCCAGUUCUGGCCUCGCCUGAAUACACACUCCUUUGUUUCUUCCUCAUCUAACUCCUUCUAUCAGCCAGAGGUCCUGGAUGUUAGCCAGGAGCCACUUUAUGAACAGGACAGCAUGGACUUUAACGCUCUUGGACCUGCUACACAAACAGCCAUAGCUGUUGGCAUCUCCUUGCUUGCACUCACCGCUGUUCUCCUCUUGAUCAUGAUCUACACUCGCCACCAGCAGAUCCGCAAAGAAGAAGGCGGCUCCUUCUGCACCAGCAAGGAAGAGAGCAUCCUCUAUGUGAAUGACUACUCUGAUGGACCCACCACUUUUGCACAGCUAGAGGAAUACCGCGAUGACCACGGCCAUGAGAUGUAUGUACUCAACAGAACCAAACCAGUCCUGGGUUCCACGUCCUCCAGGUGUCCCAUGAUGGCUGGGUUCGUCCAGCAGAAAGGCAUGAAGGAGGCUCUCCUCGACCAUGAAAUGGUGCAGACUCUUACCCGAUCAGGGGGGAUGGGGCUUCGUAGAAACCCUGCAGAUGGAGGAGAGGGACCCCUGACGACAGACCCAGAGGAGCUCUUCCUCAGUCAGAGCCUCCUCUUUGGAUCGCAGGUUGCUUACGAGAUCCACUGCUAA